GUCACGGUCACAGUCAUCUCGUCUUGAGCAUCUAAAAAGCACUAAAUUCUCUCGAUUCCACAUUGUGAAUAUUCUAUUUCAGCAAAUUUAAGUAACGAAAAAUGACGGGUCGCGAAGGAGGCAAAAAGAAGCCACUGAAACAGCCAAAGAAGGACGGCAAAGAGAUGGACGAAGAAGACAUGGCCUUCAAGCAGAAACAGAAAGAACAGCAGAAAGCGAUGGAAGCUGCGAAACAGAAGGCAGCUAAAGGCGGUCCGCUGGUUACCGGAGGAAUCAAAAAGUCGGGGAAGAAAUAAUAUUGCCGGAUACUGAACAAGUAAAGCCUAUCACCUAAGAUUCUCUACCUUUUCCUUCGACUAAUUUUCGCCAUCCGCGAUGAUCAUCUAAAUUCUUCGGUUUUUAUAUUUAAUGUACUCUAUGAAUACCAACCCGUAAUAAAAUUGUACAAGAUAUGA